UCGCAGUGGGAGCGGAGGCAGUCGAAGAGGAAAUUCGCAAACCGUUGGAGUCUCUCCCAUAGUUUGUGCUUGGAUACAGUCAUUGCAGAGCAUUUAUUUUAAAUAAAGCAGGGGCUAAUAUGGCGACGUUGGGACCAGACCCUCGUCCCCAUUCCCAGCUCGCUUCUGCCUCGAUACAAAGUAACAUCAGUGGCAAUAACCUGCCUCCCAACCGCGGCUUGGAAAGAGCGUUGGAAGAAGGAGCGAACUCCGGGUUUUUGAACCUCAGCGCCAGGAAACUCAAAGAAUACCCCAGGACAGCAUCUAACUACGAUUUAUCAGAUACGGUGGAAGCAGACCUGUCGAGGAAUCGUUUGGCGGAGGUCCCCUUAGAGGUGUGUCACCUGGUUGCCUUGGAAAUGCUGAACCUCUAUCACAACUGUAUCAAGACCAUUCCUGACACCAUCAUCAACCUACAGUCACUCACCUCCUUAAACCUCAGUCGGAACCAGCUGUGUGCUCUGCCAGCCUCCCUGUGUGGGUUACCCCUACGAGUCCUCAUUGCCAGCAACAACAAACUGGUGUGUAUACCUGAGGCCAUCGGACAGCUCAGGAGCCUCAUGGAGCUGGAUGUGAGCUGUAAUGAGAUCACUGCUCUGCCCCGUCACAUCGGCCGACUCAAGGCCCUCCGAGAACUCAACGUCCGCAGGAACCUGCUCUGUGUCCUACCUGAAGACUUGGCGGAGCUUCCCCUGGUGAAGUUUGAUUUCUCCUGUAACAAGGUGUCCACCAUCCCAGUAUGCUACAGGAAAAUGUCCCAGCUCCAGUCACUACAGCUGGAGAACAACCCCCUACAGAGCCCACCUGCACAGAUCUGCAUAAAGGGAAAAGUUCACGUAUUUAAGUACCUGAGCAUCGAGGCGUGUCGGAGUGACAAGAUGCCUGACUCUCUCUACCUGCCUGUCAUGGAGCGCCUCAGCCUAUCACGCCCCACCACUGGCAGCACGGAGGACAUUGACCAGAAUAAGAAACAGGACACGGACUCAGGAGUUGGCAGUGACAACGGGGACAAGAGACUGUCUGCCACCGAGCCCUCAGACGAGGACAGCUUGAGUCUCAAUGUCCCCAUGUCCCACAUCACAGAGGAGGAGGGGCUAAGCAAAGACGACUCCAGCGAACACAUCAGCGCUCUCACAGCGGACCCCCAUGGGGACGGGGUGCGACUGAUAGAGGAGAGCCCCACUGAGGCCCUGAAGGAACAGUUUGGCUACAGAGACUCUUCUGCUCUCAGCAACUGCUUUGUCAGCUACAUCAAGGGACGGGCGGCAGACUACGACGAGCCCCUCAGGAUAGAAGAAGAAACACACUGGGCCUCUGAACAGACGUCAAAGGUCACAGAAGGAACACACAUUGCCAUGAUCAACCAGCUGAAGGAGGCUGUGGAGCUACUACAAGACCCUAACAGAGUGAAUAUGGAAACGGAGGACCUGUCUGGAAUUCAGCUCUACCCUGUUGAGAUGGUCAUGGUGGAGGACACUCUCAAUGGCCAAGGCAGUGAAGGACAAACCACACCCAAGUGGGACACUCCCGAAGGAGGCUUUGAGUUCCAGAAGAAACGAGAGUUGAUUCUAGAGAGGGCCAGGCUGGAGGCCCAGCUUGCAUGCCAACAAUAUGAGACACAUAUGUCCAACCAGGGAGAAGACAGAGUUCCAGGCAGCGGUCCCACGUUUACCACCCCGGCCUUUGGGCUGAAGCCCCGUUCUGCCCCCGCCUCACUGCCCUGCUCGCCCCCGCUCUGUCUCCGCCCCCUCCUCACACAGGCCCUGUCCAUCGAUAGAGACACUCCCCCUAGACCAGGCGAUGGAGGCAUGCACAGCAGUGUAUUCCUGAGGACCCAUAAGAGCCUGGAGUCUGUUGACCCUCAGUUCACCAUGAGGAGGAAGAUGGAACAGCUGAGAGAAGAGCUGGAGCUGAUGGAACAACUCAGAGACAGCAUAGAGAGCAGACUGAAGGUGGCUCUUCCUGAAGACCUAGGCUCCUCCCUCAUGGACGGGGUGGUGCUAUGCCAUCUGGCCAAUCACAUUCGCCCACGCUCCGUGGUCAGCAUCCAUGUGCCCUCGCCUGCUGUGCCCAAACUCAGCAUGGCCAAGUGUCGGCGGAACGUAGAGAACUUCCUGGAUGCCUGUAGGAAAAUGGGCGUUCCUGAGUCUUCCCUCUGCUCAGCUUAUGACAUCAUCCAGUGUCACCUGCGGCCGAUCCGGGUCACCGUGUGCGCCCUGGUCGCCAUGGAGACCCCCACAGAGGGGCGGGACUCAGACAGACAGGGAGAGGUCCCAACCCCUGCCCCCGAGGCUUCUACACAGGUGGCCCAGGCUCCGCCUCCAGCAUGGCAGCCGUGGGACCUGAUUUGCUCGAGCCUGUUACACAUGUUCUGUCUUCUCCUGCUGUUUGUGGCCUAUAGCUGGAGUGAGCUGACGUAACACUACCUGUCAAUCUCCUGUCAAAGCCCGCCCUCCUCUCAGCCCUGCCCUCCGCAUGUGCCAACACUUCUCCUCCCCAAUCCUCCUCUUUUUCUUCAACCUCUUGUUUCUGUGCUCUUCUCCUCUGUCUGAUUCACACACACAAGUGUCUCUCAUACACAGUUGCAUUCAUGCACAGAUUGCAGAUGCGCUCCAAUAAAUACCGACUCACAACCUCACACACAUGCAUUCGUAUACUGUCCCCACCAAUAACGCACAUUCCAACUGUUGAAAAGAAUCCUGGAGCUUGUACACAAAAGUUACCUGAAGUCUCUCUACAACUCUUUGGCCAAUGCGUCAAGUCAAGCCUGUCAUGUCAGACUGUUCAUUUAUUAAUGCCCUCCGGGGUGGGGUCACAGACACGUGGUAUGGGGUCAUACACACUGAUUCCCCAUGUGGUCAUACGGUCUCUUGUUUCCAUACAGCUUGUCUAGUUUGGGUCCAGUCCAGGUAAGCACAGAGCACUAGUAGAGCUCCUCCAUCAUGCUGGAUCUUGGAGCUUUUUUGUUGCAUUGGUCAGUCUCUUCAAGACUCCUCAGAUACAUUAUAUCAACUGUAUUUACACCUGUAUGUCUGUUUGAAGGAAAUGGCAACGCUCAGUAGUAAUGCCAUCCAUGAGACAAAGACACAACAAACAGUGUAUAGGUUUGGACCUAAUAAACACACCACUUAUGACGACUGUAAAAUGUCACACGGCACACUGUCACUAAAUAAAGUUCAAUAAUCACAUCACUACUGCACCUCUCUACCACUCUACGUUACUCUCGUUCUAAUAUAGUGUAUUUACCCUGGGGUAGUUACAUGACUACGGUUCAGUAUGUAUACUGUUGUACUAUUCUGUCAGGCCAUAUAUUACGUUUCUUAUUUUAAAACCCCAGGAGGGUAAAUUGGACUCCCAAGCACCUGGACUGAAUACAAGGUGUGAAAAGAUCCAUCAUUUCUAAACAUACAAACCAUUUGCACAUGCAAUAUUACAGAACGGACUAAUCUGGAGGUUUUAUGUUGAAGGGCUAGUGAAUAUGAUAUGUGUUCAGUAAUAUGUGAACUGUACAAGAAGCUCAUUCCUUUAAAUGAGAACUUUGAUACUUUGAGGCCAGCAGUGCUGCUACUGUCCAUUGAUUGAUGUAUGUAUGUCUGUAGUUGAAUUUAAAGCAAUGAGGGUUAACCUUCUUUUCUGAUAUAAUUUAAAAGCCAUGGAUGUAGUGUCCACAAUUUCCUCCAAACUGUCCAUCUGUUUCUAUCCAUAUUUUCCUUUUAACUCUGUUAGCUUAUUCACUGUUGUCAUGUCAACCUUGCCAGCGACUAUGUUGGAGUGCAAUUGGUUUGCCAUUACUGUAUACUAUUAGUUGGCUGUGUUUUAACUCAGUCAGUGCUGAUUUUGAUGGACCUUGAGGCUUUUUCUGACUUGUAUAUCUGAUGGUGUGAAUGGAACUGGUAAUAAAUGUACAGUUUGGGGUUAUUCUAUUCGGUCUCUGUGUUGCUGUUCUCUGAAGGAGGAUGAUGAAUUAAGUGCUGUUUCUUCAUAUAGGUUAUUCAGCAUACUUCCACAUACACCUGUACUGUCUGCAUGUUCACUCAUCACCAUAGUUGCAUUGAGGUGUCUUUUUGAUUGACUUGUUUUUUUCUGCCUCCUCGUCUCUCUCUCUUUCUGUCCCACUCACUAUCUCCGCUCCCUCCUCCCCCGACUCUCGCUCCCUCCUCCCCCGACUCUCGCUCCCUCCUCCCCCCACUCUCGCGCUCUCUCGCUCUUUCUGUGUGUGGAACCUCGACAGGAUAAGCUGUGUUUGCCUCAUCACAUACUAGAGGAGAAGGGUAUGAUCAAGGUGAGCGUGACGGUCCAGGCGCUGGUGGAUGAGACCUCAACCAAGCAGGCUCUCUUCACGUGAGAGGGAAGGAGACCAACAUAUAGACAGACACACACCACUGGGUUUCAUUUAGUCAAAGUGACAAACACCGUUGCCAUUGUACCUCCUGAAAUAGCCUUUUCCAAGGGACUGUAGCCUAUAUCGCAGUCUUCCUUUCGUGAUUCUUACAACCAUGGUUUGAAGUUAUAAUGUGAUGCCUGGGGUGCCCUAAAACACAGUAGUGGGCUGUACUAAUGUGGAUAUUCGAAGCUGACAGAGGUGUCCACAUUGAUGGUUUUUAAUUCUUACAGGAGUGCCCUGGUUUGUUAUGGGAGCCUCCAGUACCAUUGGACACUCCUGUAGCUUGAACCCUGCCUACAACAACUUCUAGCAUGCUGCACUGUGUAUGAUUGACUAUGCAUUUCAUGGGCUGUCAGUUUCUACCCCUCUAUUUCUAAGGCCAGGUAUUAUCACCCUCACUCAUUUCAGACUAGACACCUAACACUCCAACAUAGCGCUCUCUCUGCUACAGCUUCCCUAUUUAAAGAUAUUUAUAAUAAAUAUGGCCACGUGGUUGAGAGUUGUAUCCAUUGAAAAUAAUCCCCCAAAUAUUUUUCUCUAAUAGCUAAUAUAUUUUAGGUAUAGUUCUGUAUACUGUAUGUUGUACUUUGAAUUUGUCUCUCACCUCGUCUGUAGAGGUUGAAAUUUUGUCCUAAGAUUGUGGGAACCUGGUGUUUAUGAAUUGGAAUCUGUGGGUAUGUAACUCAGGGGAGGUUGUGGGCUUACUACACUGUUAUGAUCCAUUCCCUAGACUGCUUAUUUGUCAAUGGUAUUACUUGCGUGUGGUGUGUGUGUGUGUGUGUGUGACUGCAUGCGUGAGAGACAGAAUAAAAGAGUUAGAUGGAAUGAAAAGGAGCGAAUGAAUGGGUUUGUAUGUAUGUCCUAGUACAUUCUUUACUGCUAAAUAGCCUUGAAGUGUCUGGUGAUGCUGACCAUGUCAGGUGGUCAUGUAGGACCAGUAAAGUAACUGAAAUGCAUUCACUGAUUUAGAGACACUGUUGGCAGCAUCUGAAGAGUAGUGCUUGAGUGCCCAAUAUCCUACUACUACACAAACAGCAGAACACUCCAAUAUAAGCAUACUAGGUGUGUGUGUGAGUGAGCGGUGGUGUUUUUUUUUUAUUGUACAGAUAUAAUGCAUUUUCUACAGCUUGGUAUCCAAAGCUUAAGCUUAGCAGUAAAAUCAAACACAAUGUUUCACUGGAUAGAUUUGACAGUUGCCAAAACAACUAAACAGUUUUUUUUCAGAGCCACUUAUGAUCUAAUGUCUUUAGUAUGGUAAUAUCUUUUUUUAUGAGAAGUGGUGAUGUGAAGCUGUAAUGUGAUGAUGGUUUGUGCAAGUGGGUUUCGUAUUUAGAAAGUAUUUAUAACUUUAUUAAUAGUAUUUCUUUUAAAUAUUUUAGUUAAACUAACAGUCGCUGCAAUACAUAAUCAGCCACACUUCUCAGGCAAAGUGAACAAUCUCUUAGAAUCAGGAUCUGGAGUGAUCUUGUUAACAUAGCUAUAAUGCAAAGUAAUCAUAUUUACAACAGUACGGCAAUUCAUGUACAGCUAACUGCCAAAACCGCUUCAAUACACUUCAUGCGCCUUUGCUGGAACUCUUGGAGGGAUGCAAUGCCAUUCUUCCACAAUUUGGUGUUUUGUUGAUGGUGGUGGAAAACGUUGUCUCAGUCGCCUCUCCAGGAUCUCCCAUAAGUGUUCAAUUGAGUUGAGAUCUGGUGACUGAUGCACACACACACACUUAAAAUGAUGGGCAACUGGGAAUUUUUCUACAUACAUGACCCUAAGCAGGAUGAGAUGUCUUUAAUUGCUUAAUUAACUCAGGAAUCACACCUGUGUCGAAGCACCUGCUUUCAAUAUACUUUGUAUCCCUCAUUUACUCACGUGUUUCAUUUAUUUGGUCAAUUACCUGUAUAUAAUGUAGCUUAUAUUUAAAAUAAUUCACAAUGCAUAAACAAAUAUUUAAAAAAUAUGCACAUUAAUCCUACUUUAAUACUCAAAGUAAUUGCCUUUCCACUUAGCUAAAUAUAACUACUAAUGGGUAAAAAUACCAGUAUCCCCUUCUCCCAGUUCUAACGUUUCCUUCAAUAUUUUUAUGAUCGACCAGAGCGAUGUGGAGACUGAAGGGAAAUGUGACAGGGAUAUUUGUUAAGAGAAAGUUGCUGUGUAGUUUUUAACUUUUAGUCAUUAUGGAGGUUUGGGCCAUGCGCUGCAAACCUUUUUAGAAACUUAACGAGGGGACUUUUACAUGAAAAGAGAUCAUUACUUUACUAUUCAUUGAUUAGUCAUUCAAUCCUUUUGACCUUUUGGGAGGUUGAUGUUUAUUGUCAUGAAUCUUGCCCUGGAGACAGAAUUAAGAAUUUAUGCUAGAUGGGCCAGCUGCAAAGUCAAAGUUGGCUAUAUUGAAAAAAAUCAUAAAUUUAAAAACCUAUGGUUGGGCAUUAGGGUUAGCAGUGUGGUUAUGGUUCAAAUCUGAUAUGACUUUGUGGUUGUGCCAGCUAGUGACCACUCUGCAGAGCUGCCUGCAGGGCAAGAUUCAUUACAAUAAAUGCCAACCUGCCUUUGGGAGUUGCUGUGUGGCUGCCUACAGGCCUGAAAUGAUCUGCACUUUAAAAAUAAGUAUUUAUAGUUGUUUGUUUUGGCAACUAACAAAUCUGAGCUCCAUUUUGAUUUAGAAAUGUGUGUAUGGCAUAAUAUGAAAUGAAUUUGAACUAUAUCAUUGUGAGAAAUGUUAUAACCACAGUAACUGUUGACUGCUGAGUGUUGAGCAGUUGUUUUCUACCUUUCUCUGUACAUAGUCCUGAAAGCUUGUACUCAGUUUUGUACUUAUGAUUGGGAGGACAUUUAUUUUAAAGUGAUGUUUUUUUUGUAUGUUUGUUUUGCAUUUUGAUGUACCAUAUACAAUUUUGUACCUUUUGUCAAAUUGGUGUAUUUGUUGUACAGCAAUUUGGAUUUGAUUGCAUGAAACACCCCUUUAACGUCACCGUAACUGCUGUGAAUACUGUAUAUAUUUCUCAUCACUUUGAGUAAAGACCUUAUCU